AUGGCUGCCAUUGCGACCCGCUCAGCCUAUCCUGCCGGUGGCAUGACCAUCGGCAUGCCGGGCAAUCACUUUCGCACAGCUCCGAAUGCCAAUGCCGGACUCGGCCAUGGUGUCUUCACCAGCCCGACCGAGUCGGAGUUCUCCGAUUCAUAUCGUAGCGGCCUGGAUGCCGUACAGGAUUGGGAUGAAUCGCGUGUCUGUGACUGGCUCGCGAGCAUCAACUGCGGACAGUAUGUCGACAUCUUCCGCAAGAACAACAUUACAGGAGAGAACCUGCUGGAGAUGGACCAAGCCAUCUUGAAAGAAAUGGGCAUCAAAAAGAUUGGCGAUCGCGUUCGUAUCAGCAGCCACGCCAAGCGCUUUCGGAAUGCCUCCUAUGGCGCUCGAUCACCAUCUCCAAUGACCGGUCAUGAAAACGCCAAUAGCCGAGCCCGCCGUCCAGCGCCAUCGCCAUUGGAAACCGGUCGAAAAGAUAGCAACGGAUACACACAGAGCGGCCCGCCCACUGCUCGUUUCACGGGCGCUCAGCGAACCGAGACACCCUUGACUGCGCGCCUACCACCAGUACCGCCAGCAGCGUCGAUGGAUGACUACAAUCCGAACUCUGGCUCAUUACCUAAAGGCAUGCCUUUGAUUCGCGUCAUUUACGAAACCGGUCAUGCUUCGGUGAUCAAUAUCAGCAAUUUCCGAACUUCACAAGAUAUCAUUCGUUCCACUUUGCGCAAGGGCAACCUCAACGAGAACCACCAUCGGUCAUACUGCUUCUACAUUCUGGAUGGCCUAGAUCCCAGUCCCAUGUUCUGUCGACGGCUUGGUGAGGCUGAAUUGUGUAAAUUGUGCGACGACGACGUGCGAAGCGAUCGUGGCCGUCUCAUUCUGCGCAAAAUCCACGCCGGAGAGCCCAGUCCAGAGCAACUCAAGGCAGCUGCUCGUAUUGCCGAGAGUCAGCUACCCGAGCCUCCAGCCAUCGAGGUUCAAGCGCCGCAAAGGAACAAGAACAAGCUCCGUUUGGAUCGUUCGACCGGAAAGUCAUCACAAGAUGACGAUUAUGUUGUCAGUCCUGCAAGCACGAACUUCGACACCCAGAGCUCAAUGCAACGGAACGCCAGCAGUGUGUCGACCACAUCACAGCGCGCAAGGAAACUCAAAGACUUUUACGGAGCCCGACCGCCGACCGAAUUGAUCACUCAGGAUCUACAAUCAUACUUCCCGGAAGUUGCCAAGGAAGAGAUGGACAAUGCUGUCCGCAUGUCUAUUCGGCGAAGCAGACGACUGAGUCGCGCGGUUCGCACAUUAAGUAUGGCGAGUAAUUUCAGCGUGGCCAGCAGUCUCAAUCUGAAGGAUGCUCCGCCUUUGCCAACGAUUGCCGACACCUGGCUCAAAGAUGCCAAUGCCUCACAACGUGCCGGCCUCCGACCUCUGAGCGUUGUGCGACUUGGCCGAUCAGACUCCCACCGCAUGUCGGUGGCAAGCAGCAUCCUCUCCCCGCUGGACGAGGAGUCGCCGAUCACACCCAAUCAUCGCCGGAGUUAUGCGUCAUUUGCGGAUAGCAAUUCGGACAUAGCCACGGGUAGCCUUGCUGUGACAGACCCCGAUGGACGGACUUCCUUCUUUGAAGAAAACAUGGCCAGCAGUCCUGUACCUACCGACAAUGGCAGCAACAGCGAUAGCUUGAACUCACGCCUAUCACGAUUCAUCGCCGAGGACGGUGAGGAAUUGGACGAGGAGCUCAUGCAACAUCUGGAGAAGAGCAACUGGGAUGAUUUGAAAUACAUGAAGGGUGCCAUGAUUGGUCAAGGUUCCUUCGGUACUGUCUUCUUGGCUCUCCACGCCGUCACUGCUGAGUUGAUGGCCGUCAAGCAAGUCGAGAUGCCUUCCAACGACGGUAGCGCCAUGACCACGAAGAAGAACAACAUGAUCGAAGCCCUAAAGCACGAAAUCAGCUUGCUUCGUGACAUGAAGCAUCCCAACAUUGUGCAGUACCUCGGAUCGAACAGUGACGAGACCCACUUGAACAUUUUCCUCGAGUACGUUGCCGGCGGGUCCGUUGCAACGAUGCUCGUCAAUUACGGCUCCCUCCCGGAGCCCCUCAUCGCAAACUUCGUCCGCCAGAUUCUUGAGGGUCUCAACUACCUCCACUCCAAGGACAUUAUCCACCGUGACAUCAAGGGCGCCAAUAUCCUCGUCGACAACAAAGGUACCGUCAAGAUUUCCGAUUUCGGAAUUUCCAAGCGUGUCGAAGCCAGCACCCUCCUCAACUCCGCCAACACCACUGCCGCCGCUCCCGCACCCAAAUCUUCUCGCGCCAACCCGCGUGUCUCGCUCCAGGGCUCCGUCUUCUGGAUGGCUCCCGAAGUCGUCCGCCAGACCGCCUACACCAAAAAGGCCGACAUCUGGUCCCUCGGCUGCCUCAUCGUGGAGAUGUUCACGGGCUCCCACCCUCACCCCAACUGCACGCAGCUCCAAGCCAUCUUCAAGAUCGGCGGUGCGCCCGAGAACGCACGCCCGGAUAUCCCGACGCAGGCGAGUGCGGCCGCGCGCGAUUUCCUCCGCCGCACAUUUGAGAUCGAGCACGAGCUCCGUCCCAGCGCGAUGGAACUGAUGGAAUUGGAAUUCUGUGCAGCCAAGGCUUGA